CGGGACCAAUGAAGAAUGAAGGUAAAUCACCGUACAGUCGUCACCAACAACAGUCAGUUGCGCAUUUCAUCUCUGCUCUGUCUGUGUAUUCAAAAUCAAAAGUCAAAAAGUCUGUUCCGGCGACGGACAACCUUUGAGAAGACAAUAAUUUUACAGUAUAAUUCUCCAGAUGUUUUGCUUAGCUUCGCAUCUUCUUCUACCUGUGUCUGUUGCGCCUCUGUUUCUUCGCUAAAGCUCCGAUCUUUACUGUGUAGUAAAAUGAGGCUCCCGCUCCUCGUCUUCCUCCACCUCAUCGCCGCCGCCGCCGCCGCCGACAUCCCCCUGGGCUCCACCCUCUACGCCUCCGACCCCAAUUCGAGGUGGACCUCGUCCAACCGAACCUACGCCGUUAGUUUCGUCACAGCAUCCGACGGAACCCUCGUCGCCGCCGUCUCAUACAAUAACAUAACCAUCUGGCAAGUCGGCGCCGCCGCGAAACUCGCACCCUCCGCCGUCCUCCGCCUCCUACCUUCCGGUGACCUCCAGCUCCUCCCCAAUUCCACCGCCGCUACUCCGCUCUGGUCCUCCGGCACCACCAACAUCGGCGUCUCCGCCGCGUCCGUCGAAGAAUCCGGCAAUUUCGUGCUGAAGAACUCCUCCGGCGCCGCCCUCUGGUCCACCUUCGGACAUCCGACGGACGCCAUUGUCCCCACGCAGCGAUUGACCGUCAAUCACACCCUCGUAUCUGGUAAUUACUCUUUCAAGAUUCAGCCGAACGGGAACUUGACCCUUUUCUGGAACAACACCGUCGUCUACUACAAUUCCGGCCUGAAUUCCACCGCCAAUUUCAACCUCACAAACCCAAUUCUCGACAUUCAGCCCUUAGGCAUUAUUACCCUCUCCGAUCCCACUCUUACAAGCCCUCUAGACUUAGCCUACAGCAGCGAUUACGCCGACGAGGGGGACAUCCUCAGAUUCCUCAAACUAGACAGCGACGGCAAUUUAAGGAUUUACAGCUCCGCCAGAGGCAGUGGCAGAGUCGACGUGAGGUGGGCAGCCGUUACCGAUCAGUGCCAGGUCUUUGGCUUCUGCGGAAACAUGGGAGUUUGUAGUUACAACGAUUCUUACCCUGUCUGCGGAUGUCCUUCCCUCAACUUCGAACCAAUCGAUCCAAACGAUACGAGGAAAGGCUGCAAGAGAAAAGUGGAGAUCAGUGACUGCCCUGGGAAUGCUUCAAUGCUGCAGCUUGAUCACACCAUGUUCUUGACAUACCCGCCGGAGUUAUCAACGGAGGUUUACUUCAUGGGGAUAUCGCCGUGCCGAUUGAAUUGUCUCGUCGGAUCGAAUUGCGUCUCGUCGACUGCAUUGGCGGACGGCUCGGGGCUCUGUUAUUUAAAGACGAGCGCUUUCGUCGGCGGCUAUCACUCGCCGGCGAUUCCCAGCACGUCGUUUGUUAAAGUCUGCUCGCCGCUACUGCCUAAUCCGUCGCUGGAUUCGGCUGUUAGCCGGACGACGAAAUGGCGUCUGACGGCGUGGUUGGUUGCGGUGGUGGUGGUGGCGACGCUGGCUGGAUUGCUGUUCGUCGAAGGUGGUUUGUGGUGGUGGUGCCUCAGGAACAGCGCAAAGUUUGGACGGCUAUCGUCGCAAUACGCGCUGCUCGAGUACGCAUCCGGCGCGCCGGUGCAGUUCUCGUACAAGGAGCUUCAUAAGGCGACAAAAGGGUUCAAGGAGAAGCUCGGAGCCGGAGGGUUCGGGGCGGUGUACAAGGGCGUUCUCGCGAACAAGACGACUGCGGCGGUGAAGCAGCUGGAGGGGAUUGAGCAAGGGGAGAAGCAGUUCCGGAUGGAGGUCGCGACGAUCAGCACGACACACCAUUUGAAUCUUGUGAGGCUCAUCGGAUUCUGCUCCGAAGGGCGGCACCGGCUGCUGGUGUACGAGUUUAUUACGAAGAGUUCGCUCGACAGCUUCCUCUUUGAUCCCGCGCCGCAAUCGCAAUCGGGGAAGCAGUUGGGUUGGGAAUAUCGAUACGGCAUCGCGCUGGGGACGGCGAGAGGGAUAACGUAUCUGCACGAGGAAUGCCGCGACUGCAUCGUGCAUUGCGAUAUCAAGCCGGAGAACAUCCUCAUUGACGAGAACUACUGUGCGAAAGUGUCGGAUUUCGGCCUGGCGAAGCUCGUGAAUCCGAAAGAUCAUCGGUACCGAACGCUGACGAGCGUGCGGGGGACGAGGGGCUACUUGGCUCCCGAAUGGCUUGCGAACCUCCCGAUAACUUCGAAAUCGGAUGUGUACAGCUACGGAAUGGUACUACUAGAGAUUGUGAGCGGGAAGCGGAAUUUCGAAGUGUCAGAGGAGACGAGUAACAAGAAGUUUUCGGUGUGGGCUUACGACGAGUUCGAAAAGGGCAACGUCGAGGCAAUUAUCGAUAGAAGGCUUGACCGGAGCGACGUGAAUAUCGAGCAGGCAAUGAGGGCGAUUCAAGUAAGUUUUUGGUGCAUCCAAGAGCAGCCCUCGUUAAGGCCUAUGAUGGGAAAAGUUGUUCAAAUGCUGGAAGGAGUGAUCGAAAUCGACAGGCCACCGGCUCCUAAGGCUGCCGGCGAGGGGUCCAUCGGCGGCACGAGUAUGACGACGAGUAGCACAAGUGCUCUCUCUACAUUCGCGGCUUCAAUGCCGAUGCCAUCGUCGUCGUCGUCGUUCCGCAUUGUCGGAGGUGUUCAAUCGGAAAGCACGGCGAGUGCGCGCCUUCGACACAACGUUCCGGGAUGAAAUGAGGCUGGAUUUAAUGCUUAAGCUGCCUCCAAGAAUCGAAAAAUGACUUGUAAUGAUAUUGCAUUUUUUCUUUGUUGUAUAAUACAAGUUUGCAUUUCAUACAAACGUUUUGUGAA